AUGUCGAAAUUGAAAUUUGAGCUUGAUCCUAUUGUAAUGGCUUCCUUAUUGAUGACAAUUGGAAUGAGUGUAGACUACGUGGCUCAUGUAGCAUAUCAUUACCAGCUGCGUUACUACACUAAGCGGCUUGAAGGAAAUUCAGUGCGAGUAGAAUUCGCGGAUGCAGAAGAAAAACUUGAGUAUACCAUGAAUACCGUAGCUUGGCCAAUGAUUCAGGCUGGGCUAUCCACAGUAUCGUGCGUGUUGCCUCUUCUCUUUAUAGCAGUAAGUAUAGCACUUUAUAUGCUUCAAAUAAGAGAGAAAUAG